CUUCGACAAAGACGGCGUCGUAACAAGAAAAUAUUAGAGCCUUGGCGUCGUAACUGGAAGCUCUAUCUCUCGCUUCGUCCCGCUCCUCUUCUUCUGGUUUUUAUUUGGUUACUUCGUAUUGGUUACGGACGCUUUUCUUUGGGAUUCAUUGUUGACUCUCUCUCUGGGGAAGCCAAGUAUAAUCAACCUAAUGGCAUCACUAGUGAAAGAGGACCACUUUGAGGAGUCACACAAGUAUAUGGGUUUUGCUCUGCACCAGGCUAAGCUUGCUUUGGAGGCUCUUGAAGUUCCCGCGGGAUGUGUCAUUACUGAAGACGGUAAGGUUAUUGCUUCAGGAAGAAACAGACGAAACGAGACACGCAAUGCCACAAGACAUGCAGAAAUGGAAGCAAUUGAUGAACUUGUUGGACCUUGGCGGAAAGAUGGACUCUCGCCUUCUCAAGUCGCUGAGAGAUUCUCCAAGUGCGUACUCUACGUAACUUGUGAACCUUGCAUUAUCUGUGCAUCUGCCUUGUCGUUUCUCGGUAUAAAGGAAGUGUAUUAUGGAUGUGCAAAUGAUAAGUUUGGGGGAUGUGGUUCCGUACUGUCUCUUCACUUAGUGAGUUCUGAUAUCAGUGAGAAAACUCAAAGAGGAAAAGGCUACAAGUGCAGAGGGGGAAUAAUGGCAGAUGAAGCUGUUUCUCUUUUCAAGUGUUUCUAUGAACAAGGCAAUCCUAACGCUCCAAAGCCACACCGCCCUGUAGUUCAAAGAUGAGAGAAGACGGUGAACAUGUUUUAAAGAUAUCGGGAAAUAGUAGUGGGGACCCUACUAAUACUUUUUUCGCUACUAUUACUUGCCAAACUAGUUUACAGAAUGCAAUUUAUACAAAAGUGAUGAGACUAAAUGAUAAUCAUUCGCUUGUUUCUAAUGAACCCACUGAAUAACUUGUCAAACCAUGAUCCUGGGGGUUAGACACUUUAGAUUCUUGCUUGGCUGUGUCACGUGGAAGAGGGAACAUAAAACCAAUUAGAGGCAAUGCACAGAUAGUCUCAAAGGCGACUUCUAAUCAUAACCAUACAUAUUUUCCUUCACGUUAGUCUAAAAACCUAUCCAUUUCAAACUCCAUUCUCUUUUGUAUUUGAGAAGGGUCUCUAUCAACCUAGAUACCUAGCACAGUACAAAGAUCCAUAAUCACACCUUAAACAAGGAUAGAUGAGUGGUACCAAAGCUAGCAAAGCCCCUAUUCAGUUGUUCUUAAAGCAGGUUUAAUGAAAUGGGUUCACUGGAGUUUCCUCAUUUUGCUAUUCUACGGUUGACAGAUACACAAACGACCCGACCUCAAUCCCAAAUCAACAAACGAUACUCGGAUACUUAUUGAUCAAAUAUCCGAGUCACAUCUCUUAUCUGCUUCAUGAUGAUU